AUGUUCAAUUCACGUCGUAAAAUAUUAUGUGAAGAUCCUAGAAAUAGUGGGAAACAAUGUGUUGCAAUAGAAGAUCAUAAGAAUGGACAAUAUUAUUGUAAAUACUGUCAAAGAGUUUUAGAUAAAGUUUUAGAUGAAGGCCAAGAAUGGAGAAGUUUUGAUGGGAAUGAUGAGCGUUGUAGAGUUACAUUUUCUGGAACAUUACAAGAUACCUCAACAAUGCUUAAAGGUUGUACUGCUUCAUCUCAACAAAUUAAUGCACAAAAUAUGAAAGUAACUGGAUAUCGAAGAGACUUUAUUGAUUCAUUUAAAAAACUUCAACUUGAUAAUAGUCAAGUUGAACAUGCAAUGAAAGUAUUACAAGAAUUAAUGACAGAACAUGCAAAUGAAUUUAAAGGAAGAAUGAAAAAGAAAAAUGUUGAAGGAAUUGUAUUAAUGGUAUGUCAGGAAGAAGGUGUUCAUAUGACAUUAAGAGAUAUUGUCACUCAACUAGGAUGGGAGAUGAAAAGUGCUACCAAAAGUUAUAAACAAUUAAGAAUGUUAUUAGGUAAGAAAAGCACUAACAAUCUUGAGUCUUUCAUUUCUAAAUACACUAAUGCAGUUGGUGUUGGUAAAUAUACUUAUAAAUGUCAAGUCAUUGCUGAAGAUGCUCAAAAAUUCCUUGAAGGAAAAAAACCAAAUACUGUUGCUGCUGUUGUAAUUUGUUUUGUGUGUGAAACUGAAAAAUGUUUAACACAAGAAUUAGAACUAAGAAUCGCAGCUGCUUGUGAUGUCUCUGUUCAAAAUAUGAAACAAGUCUAUAAAUUGAUGCUAGAAAAGAAAGAACUCUUUGAAUCAAUUUUAGAAAAGGCAUGA